GCUUUAGAUAGAGCCAGAAAAAAACUGAAAGGACAAACGGAGAGACUCACGAUGUCUUUGUUUUUGGUAACAGGUAUUCUGUUUUUCCUUGAGAUAGCAGGGUCCCCUGCAGUGACUCGUGUGUUUGUGCAGACUGGAGCGGAUUUAAUACUUAACGUCACAGAAGCUGAAAUUCCACCAAAGUAUCAACUUUGGACAUGGCAAUUUAAUGGUGCUACAAUGGUAGCGUUUUCACCUGAUUCACAACCAACUGUUGUCAGUCACACUGAAAGAAUUGAAGUUCUUAAAAAAAAAUACUGUGUAAAAUUAAGGAAUCUACAAAAGUCAGACAUGGGAAUUUAUACCGCAAAAGUACUGUUGCCUAAAGAACAAAAACUAACUGAAUACGACGUUACAGUUCAAGAUCCAGUCUCACCAGUUUAUCUGACCACUGACUCCGUUUCCAGCACCUUUUCCACCUGUGACCUCACUGUGACCUGCAGCACAGACAACUCUAACAUAAGUAGCACUAUUAGAUGUGACAAACAAAACUGCCAUCAGGAAAAAGGACCGGGGUCAGUGGUCACUAAAUCUGGUGCUUCUCUCCACAUGUACCUGUCACAUUCAUCGAUCAUCUGUAACCAUAGCAACCAGGCCAGCUGGUCUAAAGAUACAGGAAUAAUUGAGCAUUUUUGUCGCCCUUGCACCAAUCUCUCUGUAGUGUGUCUGGUGAAGAAAGUCUUGUUCUCUUUUGGUCUGAUCAUCAUGGUAUCUGCUGUCUUUGGUGUCCAUCUUAUGGAGAAGGUCGGCAAACAGAAAUGAAUACUUCUCCAAAUAAAUGCCACAUAUUUCAUGUUAAACAGGUUAAAGCUGGAGUUUUGGUUGUGUUAUAUUUUACAAAUUUGUAUAAUAAAAUGACAAAAUAACAGGGCAUUUUUGCCCACAUGA